AUGAGUUCAACGCAUGCUAUCGAUGACGAUCCUCUCCUGUUUUUCGACGCUUUUGAGUCUGCGAGCGAUUUUGGAUCUCUUUCCUCCUCGAUGCCCACGGAGGUUGGUGAAUCUAGUAUCGAUAUGGAGAAGGGGAAAGGAAAGGCAGGAUCGAGUCCUGUUCCAAUAACGGUGCGCUCCAGCGCUCUCGAUGAUCACGGUCUCUCGAUGUCCCCUUCUUGGUCGAUUUCCUCUAGCUAUCAUGAACCACCCGGAACUCCCAUUGCUACGAGUUCAUCUCCAACACCAUCCUCACUCACUUUCACGUUGGGCUCCUUCACUUCAGUUUGGCAGAACUCGACGCCAGAAUCUGACCACAGUUUGUUAGCCGGUUCGAGUCCUGGUCGAAAGGGAAAAGAGAGAGCGAGUCCGGCAGAGGAUGAAUUAGUCCCAGCGAUUACACCGUUGACGUUUCCGCCCAUUGUUACCAAGUUUGAUCAGGCUCCGGCUUCAUCAGGCCUCUCAUUAUCGUACCCUGUUCCAUCCUGUACGUCAGAAUCAAAUGUGGCCAUAACAUCCCCACCCCAGGCGACAACUUCAAUCACGAAAGCGUCGCCAACACAUCCACAAUUCUUUCGUCGACGCCCCAUAGCUCACCCAAGAUCCCGCUCCAAUAUAACAGUACCUUCCAUGACCAAACUCAAGCUGAAACUAGGGUCAUCUCCUUCGAACACCCUGACCCGUAAACUCUUGAGCAAGAAGGCUGUGGACCCUUCACGAUCUUCAUUGGACUCUUAUUUGAUUUCUGCACCCAAGCUGUUGGAAAUUGGUUUAGUCGAUUCUGUAACGAACAAUGAAGCUUUCCUCGUUGAGGCGACGGGUUAUCAUGGCCAACUGAGGACUAAAGGACGUUCUUAUUCGUCUCCAUAUCCCGUUUCAAUCUUGGACAUCAUUUCUUCUACCUCACCAGACCUGUUCUUACCUGUUUCGAUACCUCUGCCUAUCGCGGUGACGAGAAACUCCUUCGACGAGAAGUUGCCGCGAGAGCUGAAAUUGAAAGUUUUGGCUUGUCUCGUGGAAUUGUACGAACGGGAGUAUCAGAGGGUGAUCGACGAUGGUAAUUGGACCGCACUUAAAGCUGCCUCUCCCAAGAAUCGAUGGGUCGGGAAAGAUAGAGCUAUCAAGCAACUGGUGAAGUUGAGCCAAGUGUCAAAGAGCUGGCAAGCUCUCGUUUUUGACGGUCAACUAUGGGCCACGCUAGGUCUGCGUUCUUUCCCCGCUUUUCCGAAGAGCCUUUUGUUGCGCAUCGCGAAUGCCGGUGGCCAAUUCGCCACCAUUCUGGAUCUCUCAGGACACACUCAUCUCAAUGCUAGUACUCUGUUAGAUAUCACGGACAAACUGAUUACUAUCACACCCACUCUUGACUCAAUCCCCAACACAUUUACCAGGUUAACAGCCAUCAAUCUUCGUGGCUGUUGCUCUCUUAGUACGCGCUCGCUACACCACUUACUUGUUCGGUCUCCCGUUCUUGAACGACUCUGCGUUAAAGGCCUUGCGGUGGUAACUAACACUACUUGCGAUAUCCUUGCCAUGUAUUGCCCUAAACUCGUCUCUUUGGACGUCAGCCGUUGUUCACAUGUAGACGCGGAGGGUGUCAGACGCAUGUUGUGCGCUCACGACUGGCCAUAUCUAAAGGAAAUGAAUUUGGGAGGUCUCAAGAACAUUUCAGACAGGAUGAUGGCGACGUUGGCGGGGGCCGUGCCCAACCUGGAGGUCCUCGAUCUCACUGACGCGAGACAAAUGCACAAUACAGCGAUUGAAAGUUUUGUGCAGGCGGUCGACGACCAACCUUCCAUUGAAUAUUUGACUGAUGGCUUCAGGACUCAAAGACGGGUCACGAGGCUCCGUCACCUCUCCUUAUCCGGUUGCACCCUCCUCACCGAUGGUGCUUGCAUGCACUUGGCGGGUGCUGUCCCAGAUCUGGAGAUAUUCGAAAUCGGAGGUAUCGGAGAAGACUUGAAGGAAGAGGGACUAAUCAAGUUGUUGGAGACAACGCCGAUGGUGAGGAAGUUGGAUUUGGAGGACACAUCCGAGAUUACAGAUGGUUUAUUGGCCGUUUUAACGCCUGGCGUCGAGGACCCUGUGCUGCAAGAGAACGACGACGACAGUGGUCGUAUUGGGCAACAGAACGGGGCUGUUGUGGAGCCAGGACAUGCUCUUGAACAUCUUAUUCUUUCCUAUGCUGCCCGCCUCACUGACGACGCGUUGAUCAACCUCAUCCGACGGUGCCCUCGUCUAAAGGCCCUUGAGCUAGACAAUACCCGAAUUGGAUCUGAUGUGGUCAAGGAGUUUGUCGACGCUAGUCGGAAACGAGGAAUUAAGAAUGCAGUCAUUGUUGCUGUUGACUGCCGGUCGGUGAGAGAAACCAUCGUGAGGGAUCUAAUUAGCGAAACUCGUCCAAGAGCAGGCUGGAGAUCGUGGGAGGCAAGGAAACUUAGAUUUUUCGAUGCCAGAGAUUUUGUAACGCGGUCUUCUGCUGAUGCCGACAAUUCUGACGCUGAGGUUAGGCAGCGGGAGAAAGAUAAGGAGAAGGAGGAUAUCAUGAAAACCGCUAAUGGUCAGGACGAGAUGGACGAGACGCGGGUAGUGUUGAAAACAUUUUAUUCGUGGCAGAACGUUGAUGCUGUGUCGGCUGCUAGGGAGAAACGAAGCAGGAGAAGGAAGGCGAACGCUAGCAAUAAUUCUGAAUUAACAGACUCGGAAACUGAGCUCGCCGGGUCAUCGUCGCGACGGAAUGGUAGUGGAAGAGGUGGUAUGAGAUGGUGGUCCCCUAGCGGGAGGAGAUCUCGUUCUGGGAGCGGGACAAACUCUCCGAACCACCUUGAAAUGAACGGAAACGAUGGUUGUACAAUAAUGUAA